GAAUUGUCAACAUGGAGAGUAUCUACGGAAGACACAGAAAAACAUUCUUAGUUUAAGUUUUUUUUUAACUAAAAAUCAACAAAAUCAUGAUCAUGGACAAGUAGUAGCAAGGCAGUCGUCAAAACGUUCGGAUUAAAACAGAAAGUUAAGUGAAAUUGGUAAAAAAAAAUUACUCGAAAAAUUUAAAAUUCAAAAAAGUAAAAAUGUUUAUAAAAAAAUUUGGAAAGUUCCAUUUAGUGAUGUGGCAACUCAUUUGUCUCAUAUUGGCGUAUAUCAACUACUCAUCAGCGGAGUGUAAUGUCUGUCAGGCAAAUCAGGCGGCCUGUGUAAAUUCCACCUCAUUUUAUUUGUGUUUUGGAAAUAAUAAACCCAAUACAAAUGUUUUAUCAUGUAAAGAUGGUUUUGAUUGUACGGAUUUAAGUGCCAUUUGUGUUCAAACUUCAUCACAGCGACCGCCCAGUUGUGGUGAUACAUCACUGUGUGGCAUGUGUGCGGCCCAUCGUAAUUAUUUGUUUGCUUGCCUCAGUCGUACCACAUUCCAAAUGUGUUACGGUGCCAUACGACCCACCGGACAAAUUGGUUAUUGUCCAUCCGGUUAUGUUUGUGACGGUAAUAGCGAUGCUGUUUGUGUUCUAGAGAAUACAGUCGAUAGUGUAACCUGUGAUAUUGUGGACGAUGGUGGAGUAACAUCAUCAUCGACUUCGAAACCGUCAACAAAUACACCACCCACAGAUCCCGAAACCACAGAUAAUCCUGGUAGUGGUAUGUUAACACCAACCGAGGUGUGUGAACAAAAACGUUCGUUGGGCUUAUAUCCGACUGUUCCGAAUGAUCCGUAUUGUAAAAGAUACAUUUAUUGUUAUCAUUCCAAUGGCAUUAUGACGGGUAUGGAAUAUAACUGCUCCUCGGGUACAUACUUUCACAUACAACAGGAAAAGUGUAUAUCAAUAGUUUUACAACUAUUGAACCAAUCUCUUUUAGUUCAUUCCGAAUGUAAUAUUUGUAAUGCCCAAACCGGUAAAGCCUGUAUAUCAGAAACGGAAUUUCAAGAAUGUGAUGAGAAUAGUAAACCAUUUGGUUACAAAUACUCAUGCAAUAACGGUUAUUACUGUUCCAUGCUGGGAAACUGUACGAAAUUAGAAGAUUUCAAAGAUUGUCAAUUAUGUGGAGAAUGUGAUGAAAAUAAGAUAUUUGCGUGUAAAGGGACAAGGACAUUUGCAUUAUGUUUGGGUGGCGAUACACCUUCUGAAAUAACUGGGGAAUGUAGUGAAAACUAUGUGUGCAAUAUAAAUAAUGCCCAAAUCUGUGGUGUAGAUGGACCUACUUGCUCCUACGCUGAAGAACCAGCAACUACCACUACAAUUGCACCAACAACUACAACAGAAUCACCUAGCCAAGAUCCCAAUGCUUUUUGUCAAAGCAUGCAAAAAGCAGGACGUUAUCCUGCUGGUUCAAAUCCACAAACUACUUGCCGCCAAUACAUUAGUUGCGUUAAAGUCGGUAACGAUUGGUAUGGUCCUAUUUAUAAUUGUCCCGGCCAAACAUUUUAUGAUCCUACGAAAAAAAAUUGUGUUGCUGAACAACCAAAUACUUGUGGUGGAACGGUCGGACGUUUAGCUUUUCGCCAUAUUUUAUUGGAGUAAUUUAACAUUUGGUUAGAAAAUGCUGAAAUGAUUGUUAUAUUCAACAUUUUUCGUUUUUGGUUUUAAUAAAAUAAUAAUUAAAUUU